AUGGCACACUCCCCACGGCGUACCAUGGAGCCCGUGGAACUGCCCGGGGGCAGCGCCGUAGACGCGCAACCGCCUCCACGAUAUUCGCUGGUUGCGAAUGCUGAACUGACCCAAGAAGCCGGAAGCCUGCAAGCCGAUGGACGCAUCGAUAUCAACCUCGAAUCGAAGAUCGCGAGAACGCUCGCCAAGAUAAUCGACUUGCAACAGGAAGACAUUCACAACCCGCCUCCCGACUACGUCGAUGAGCGUCCCGCAGAGCCCGCAUCGUGUGCCAUCAAACUCAACAUAGUCAUUCAGAUCGUGGGCAGUCGGGGUGAUGUGCAGCCUUUCAUCGCGCUUGGAAUGGCGCUGAAGGAGCACGGUCAUCGGGUCCGCAUCGCCACCCAUGAUACCUUUGAAGGCUUUGUCUAUGAGUCCGGGUUGGAGUUUUAUCCAAUUGGCGGGGACCCAGCUGAGCUCAUGGCCUUCAUGGUCAAGAACCCGGGCCUGAUCCCGCAGAUGAAGUCGUUGCGCGAAGGCGAGGUCCGAAAGAAGCAGGCCAUGGUAGCGACAAUGCUUGACGGGUGUUGGCGAUCCUGUAUCGACGAUGAUCCUCGCACAAAAGAGCCCUUUGUGGCAGACGCAAUCAUUGCCAAUCCUCCCAGUUUUGCUCAUAUUCACUGCGCACAGGCGUUGAGUAUCCCUGUGCACCUGAUGUUUACCAUGCCGUGGAGCAGUACCAGGGCGUUUCCGCACCCUCUUGCAAACCUAAACGCAUCCUCGAUGAGGCCUACAACGGCAAACUGGGUUUCCUAUGGUGUGGUGGAAUGGCUUACCUGGCAGGGACUCGGAGAUAUCAUCAACCGGUGGCGAGCCUCGAUAGACCUGGACCCUGUCCCUGCGACAGAAGGCCCUAACUUAGCCGAGGCCCUGAAGGUGCCCUUUACCUAUUGCUGGUCCCCUGCGCUGAUGCCAAAGCCACAAGACUGGCCAGCCCAUAUUGAACUGGAGGACUUCUUGAAAUCCGGCCCACCACCGGUCUACAUUGGCUUCGGUAGCAUUGUGGUGGACGACCCCCAGAAGCUGAUCGAUACCGUUCUUCGUGCAGUGGCACAUGCCGGCGUGCGUGCCAUUGUAUCCAAGGGCUGGAGUGGAAUCUCGGGAAAUGCAAGCAAAAACAUCUACUACAUCGAUGAGUGUCCGCAUGAGUGGCUGUUUCAGCACGUUGCCGCUGUUGUUCACCAUGGCGGCGCGGGGACGACCGCUUGCGGACUUAGACUUGGGCGACCGACUGCUGUCGUACCGUUCUUUGGGGACCAGCCUUUCUGGGGCCAUAUGGUCGCCAGAGCCGGUGCGGGCCCUAAACCGAUACCAUAUGCUUCUCUCACCUUUGAAAAGCUAGCAGCAGCUAUCCAGUUCUGCCUCACGCCAAAUGCCAUAACAGCCGCCCAGAACAUCGCGCAACAGAUGCAAACAGAGCGUGGUGUGAUGUCUGCCGUCGAAUCGUUUUAUAGUCAUCUACCGUUAGACAGGAUGCGGUGUUGCGUGAUGCCAGACCAAGCGGCGGCCUGGACAUAUCGAAAGGGGAAGAAGACACUCAAUCUGUCCAAGGUAGCCGUUCAAGUAUUGAUUCAGAAUGAGCGGAUAAACGAGAAGCAGCUUCGCUGUUACGACGUCAAUCCCAUCUACAUCGAGAACCGCCGUUGGGACCCGUUGACCGGCGUCCUAUCCGCUUCUGCAGUCACAGGGUCCAAAAUGUUGCGCUCCACCGGUGAGAUGCUAUACAACCCUUAUGUGGAAUACAGACGCGGCCGCUCCCCAAAACCGUCGUCAGAGGGAGGUGUGAGAGCUCGCUCCUCCCCUUGCAGUGCACUUCCAUCACCGCACGAUUCAACACAGACUUCUUCCACAGAUGACACCCCGUCUUUGAAUUCCGCAACGCCUUCCCGUCAGUUGAGUGACACGCAAGGCGUCAGAUCCCUAGCUACAGCAGGGAACAUGGUCGCCGCAACCGUGAAAGGGUUCGGCAAGUUUACCGGGACAUAUUUCAAAGGCGUGGUAGUCGACAUUCCGCAUGCGGCAGCAGAGGGAUUCCGACAGGUGCCACGACUAUAUGGAGAGCAACCAGAGGAGUAUGGCGCUAUCCAAGACUGGAAGUCCGGGGCCAUUGUCGGUGGAAAGAAUUUCGUGGAGGGCAUGACAGACGGCUUGACGGGCAUCUUCACGAAGCCUGUGAAGGGGGCGAGAGAGCAAGGUGCGCUCGGUGCAGCAAAAGGAUUCAUGAAAGGUACCAUCGGACUUGCCACGAAGGUGCCCUCAGCUGGACUCGGUCUGGUGGCCUACCCGUUCUAUGGAAUCUCAAAGAGCAUUGAAGCCACUGUUCGGGGGCGAAGUCGCAAAAUCAUUGUGCAUGCACGACUCAAAGAAGGGCUGUUCCAGUACCAGAUACUUGAGGUCUUUGAGACGCGUCUACGUGCUGUGGAUGCCUAG